AUGUGUUACCGUGGAAUUGUCACUGGUCUUCAUUUGGCGAGUUUUGGACUCGCGGGCUUGGUUAAUGUAGAAAUUUUGAUUAAAGUUCGUAGCUUGAGAACAAUCAGCCUGGUGAAUAACACAUUCACCGGGCUGAUCCCCAAGUUUAAUAGACUCAGGGCUUUAAAGGCUAUUUACUUGUCCAAUAACAUGUUCACUGGCCUGAUAUCGGACAGUUACUACGGCUUCCACCAGCUCAUAAACUCCGACAACGCCACCAAAGGAUUGUUCGUUUACAGAUCCCCGGAAUGUCUUCAAAACCAGCAGCAUAAUGGUGGGAAUGUUGUGCUUAGCGGGGGCACCACUUCACAUGCCGGGCUGGCCGAUAGGUUAGCCAAAGAGGUUAGCUCAUUAGCUCCUCUUGGAGUGGGUGUCAAGGUGGUUGCACCACCAGAUAGGAAGGAUGGUAUUCGGGAUAGUCAAGGAUCGGAUAUGGGUUACUAA